CUUAUGGGGCUCUCUAUGUGUCCCCUAUGGGGCUGGGGACUCACUUAUGGGGCUCUCUAUGGGCCCUCUCUGUGUCCUCUAUGGGGCUGGGGACUCACUUAUGGGGCUGGGGACUCACUUAUGGGGCUGGGGACUCACUUAUGGGGCUCUCUAUGGGCCCUCUCUGUGUCCUCUAUGGGGCUGGGGACUCACUUAUGGGGCUGGGGACUCACUUAUGGGGCUCUCUAUGGGCCCUCUCUGUGUCCUCUAUGGGGCUGGGGACUCACUUAUGGGGCUCUCUAUGGGCCCUCUCUGUGUCCUCUAUGGGGCUGGGGACUCACUUAUGGGGCUGGGGACUCACUUAUGGGGCUGGGGACUCACUUAUGGGGCUCUCUAUGGGCCCUCUCUGUGUCCCCUAUGGGGCUGCAGACUCACUUAUGGGCUGGGGACUCACUUAUGGGGCUGGGGACUCACUUAUGGGGCUCUCUAUGGGCCCUCUCUGUGUCCUCUAUGGGGCUGGGGACCCACUUAUGGGUCUGGUCACUCCCUUAUGGGGCUGGGGACUCACUUAUGGGGCUCUCUAUGGGCCCUCUCUGUGUCCUCUAUGGGGCUGGGGACCCACUUAUGGGUCUGGUCACUCCCUUAUGGGGCUGGGGACUCACUUAUGGGGCUCUCUAUGGGCCCUGUCUGUGUCCCCUAUGGGGCUGCGGACUCACUUAUGGGGCUGGGGACUCCCUGAUGGGGCUGGGGACUCACUUAUGGGGCUGAGGACUUACUUAUGGGGCUAGGGACUCCCUUAUGGGGCUCUCUAUGGGCCCUCUCUGUGUCCCCUAGGGGGCUGAGGACCCACUUAUGGGGCCGGUCACUCCCUUAUGGGGCCGGGGCCUCCCUGCGGGGCCGGUCCCCGCUGGCACCCACACGCUGCCCCGUGUCCGGCGCAGGGGUCGGGCCAUGGCGGCGGCCGCGGUGCGGGCCGAGGGCCGGGCGCUGGAGCGGCGGCUGCGGCGGGUGGCGGCGGGGGCGCUGCUGCGGGCGCUGCGCGGGGCCGGGUGGGCCGAGGCGGAGGCGGCGCUGGGAGCCCCGGGCGGGCGCGGGUGGGCUGAGGCGGCGGCUGCGGGCGCUGGCGCUGGCGCGGGGGGAGGCCGCGUGUCGGGACCUGCUGCGGCUGCUGCGGCGCCUGGAGGAGCCGGGGCCGCUCGACUUUGAUGUCCCACACCGCAUCGACUGCCCCUGCUGCCGCCCGGCGCCCCCUGGUGGCUGGGAGGACCAGCAGCCCAAGGAGGAGGCUGAAGGCUCCAAAGAGGAGGAGGAGGAUGAUGAUGGAGACCUCCAGGAUGAGGAUGGGGACCCCCAGGAGGGCGAUGGAGACCCCCAAGAGGCCGAAGAUGAAGGUGAAGACCCCGAGGAAGAGGAGGAGGGUGAAGAUGAAGGCCCCGAGGAGGAGGAGGAGGAGGAGGAGGAGGACCAUGGAGCCCCUGAUGGAGACUGAGGAGGAUGAAGAUGGGUUCGGACCAUCAGGUCCCUCCCACCCCUUGGCCCCGCCCCCAAUAAAGCCGCUCCCCUCUCGC